AUGAGUGGCGUGGCUCUGGGUCUGGUGCUCGUGGCCGUGUUCUUCCUUGCGCUCGCCCUCCUCCAUCGCUAUGGUGACCUGAGGAUGCAACAGCGUAUGGUCCUGCUUGGGACUCUGGCAUCCUGGUACCUGUGCUUCCUCAUUGUCUUUGUCCUGCCGCUGGAUGUCAGCACAACCAUUUAUAAGCAGUGUCUGAAAGACAAUGCACAUCGUCACUCCAAUCAGACAGAAAACAGCUCCAUUCUUUAUCCAACUGAAAGUCCAGCAGUUGUGUGUGAAGAGCCAUGGAGUUAUAUACCAGACGGCAUUCUGCCUGUCUUCUGGAGAGUUGUGUAUUGGACCUCUCAGUUUCUCACAUGGUUACUGCUGCCCUUUAUGCAGUCGUAUGCACGCUCAGGGGCGUUCUCCCGCAUGGGAAAGUUGAAAACGGCCCUUGUCGAGAACGCCAUAUACUAUGGCACCUACCUGCUCAUAUUCAUCUUUCUGCUCAUCUACGUUGCUGCGCACCCACAGUGGCGGCUCACGUGGACUGAGUUCCAGACCAUCGGCAUCACAGCGGCCAAUAUGUGGGGCCUUUUCCUCUUGGUGUUGUUGCUGGGCUAUGGCUUAGUGGAAAUCCCACGUUCCUAUUGGCUGUUAUCUAGCCAUGCCCACUUGCUUGCCAAGACCUACUUUAAGGUGUCAAAGAUGGCCAGUGAAAAGGCAGCUGCUGAGGAGAACUUGGCUGAUGUUAUGGAGGAGGUAUCAGUCAUCAACAUGUCAGUCAAGUACAACCACUCUCUCAGGAAGUGCGUGGACACCAUUUUGACAAAGUGUCCUAUAGAAUACCAGGAGGAGAUGGCCACAGAUGUGGAAAAUCCCUGUGAGGAUCAAGCUGUCCUUCCAACUAAAAGCGGCCUCGUUCAGCUUCAUAAAAAAGUGAUAUCUGCUGUGCAGCGUUGCCGUCAGACUCGAGUUCAGUGGUCCAUGUUGUUGGAGAGGGUUUUCCAUCUAGAAGACGUAGCAAAGAAUCGCAGCAGCCCCACAGGUCAUUUUGUGCGCAGCUUUGCCUUGACAGAGCAGGACGGCUAUAUCCGGAGGUUUCUCUACACUCCCAAAGUAGAGUUGUACUGGGAGUGUGUGUUCCAUCCCAUGUUCUACAAGCUUCUGGCAUUGUUACUGUCAUUCCUCUCUGUGACCGUAGUCUGGUCUGAGUGUACAUUAUUCAGCACGCGUCCAGUCCUCUCCCUCUUCGCCAUUAUUGUCCGCACGACUCAACAGCAGCGCUACUACAUUUGUACUGAGGUUGUGUGCUUCGUCACGGUCCUAUUUCUCUGCGUGUGCGUUUACUCCACGGUGUUCCAGAUCCGCGUGUUCAACUAUUACUACCUGGCGCCGCAUCACCAGACAGACGCCUACAGCCUGCAGUUCAGCGGCAUGUUAUUCUGUCGCUUGACUCCUCCCCUGUGCCUCAACUUCCUUGGUCUAAUUCACAUGGAUCCCGCUCUGUCUCAAAAGGACCAAAUACACACCUCCUACACAUCUAUCAUGGGUUCCAUGCAUCUGCUGUCUGUCAUUUCCAAUGGCUUUUACAUCUACUACCCCGUGUUGGUAUUGCUGCUUUGCUUUGCCACGCUUUACAACUUGGGUUCUCGCUGCUUGAACCUGCUGGGUGUCCAUCAGUAUGUCGCUGAUGAUGAACUGAGCGCUGACCUGGUGGAUGAGGGCAAGGAGCUCAUCAGGAGAGAAAGAAGAAAACGACAGAAAAGUGAGACUACAGCAAAUGCAAAAUGGGCAUGGAGAGAGCGAUAUGGAGGAGUUUACGGAGCCUUGGUGGGGCGCAAAUCUGGCUACACUGAAAUCAAAGAUGACCAGGAAACACAAUGCAAGAAAAGCGUCAUCUCCUUCGCAUGGCGAGAGUCGGAUGAGCAGCAGAGGAGUUUACUGCACAGCCGUGACAAUGAUGGAUGA